UUUUCUUCUCCUUACCGCAUGUACAUACAUACGUGUACACUUUCCAUAGUGCAUGAUGUUUCGGUGAGUCGAGUUUUCGUUCUAUGAGGGCGAGGUAAAUGGAGAAAUGUCAAAUGCGGCAUGAUCACGCAAUCAUCGCGGCCGAAAGAUGGACAGAUUGCGACUACUGCCCAUGGAUUUACCAACAAUCACCAUCAAUAAUAAUGGUAGCGUUAAAGGCAAGGCAUCUUUUGUUCGACGAUUGGCAAUAGGAUUUGUGAUUCUGGCCAUAUUGGGCCUUUUAUAUGUGCCAGCAUACCAUUCUGCUCAGACUCCAUUCUUAGGCUUAGGUGAGACUCAGUCUCCUACAGACUCUCUUGGCAGUUCACAUUUGGUAGCAUCUAUGGCGCAAUUACCUGGAUGGUCAUAUAAUACAUCAAGAAAUCUCUAUGUUUAUAUUCAUCCAGAGAAUACCACGUCAAUUCUCAGUCCUAUGAACAUCUGUUCACUACCACCAUACUUGUUAAUAAUUAUAUGCUCGGCAGUCGCAAAUCAGGAGGCCCGCGCCGCUAUUAGGAGCACUUGGGCUAAUAAAUAUAACUUAGAUAAUUUAUACAAUUCUACAGUUAAAAUAGUAUUCUUAUUAGGACAAAGUGACAAUGAUACGCUCAAUAAUUUGAUUGUUGAGGAAAAUUCUCAGUACAAUGAUAUUGUACAAGAACGUUUCUUUGACACAUAUAAUAAUCUGACAUUGAAAUCAGUUAUGAUGUUGAAAUGGGUGACAUCAAACUGUGAUAAAACUAAAUACCUUAUGAAAACAGAUGACGACAUGUUUGUAAACAUUCCAUUGCUCCUGCAAACAUUGCAUUCGAGAACACAGCCAGAAACUCUACUAGGUUCCCUCAUUUGUAAUGCAAAACCAAUAUUGGAUCCCAAAAACAAGUGGUAUACACCAAAAUAUAUGUAUUCAGAGAAAACAUAUCCAAAUUAUUUGUCAGGCACAGGAUAUGUUAUGAGCAUGAGUGUGGCGUCAAAAUUAUAUCAAGCAGCAUUGGUAACGCCAUUGUUACACUUGGAAGACGUUUAUAUUACGGGUUUAUGCGCGAGGCGCGCAAAGGUCCGACCCGUCAAUCAUCCUGGAUUCAGUUAUAUACCUCGCAAGAUUGAUCCCUGUGUACUCAGGAAUGCCAUAACUACGCACAAAGUUAAUGCGUCUAAUAUGUAUGUGAUUUGGGUGAAAGUAAACGACACGAAUAUUUUCUGCAGCAAUCGUACUCGUAGUGAUAGAAAAACGAUGAUUUUGAGCAGAAGCGGCAGGAAUGCUGGCUAUUAUGUUUUUAAAAGGAAAACUAUAAAUAAAUGCGUUUAAGGUAUGUUUCUCAUUAUAUUUAUAUUA